AUGAACACCGAUACAUUCAAUACGUUUUUUCAAUCAUUCGAUCAACCCACAGGGGACCAGUCCGAUUUUCUGGUGAACCUCUUUCAAGACCAAUCUACCCCCAUGGCAACGGAUGAUCAAAUGCCGUUCCUAUCACCACCCACUUCAUCACUCGAAUCCUCACCUGUUGCAUCGCCACAGUCGAGUGCUGAAGGUUCUCCAACAACAACUCUUUUACAAGACAACUUUUUACACAACCUACUCAUGUCGUCACCUGAUGACUUUAGUGGACUUGUGGAUCCAACUGCUAUUGUCAACCAAAUGGAACAAGAUUUCAUCAAGCUUGAGGAUACCGAGAUGGCACCCACUACACCACCCGCAUCACCACCACCAGCACCUUCGGAUAAGACAUCGGUAGCAGAAGCAGCAGCAGCAGCUUGUGCAGCUAUUGUUGGUGGUAGUGCAUCAUCGCCAUCAACAUCUCCCAUCAUGAAGGAAAAGCAACCCCCCUCUCAUCGUAAGCAACGUGUUCUUCCUCAUGGUCAAUCCACCUUUCCUAUCAAGGUUGCCAGCAGCAAGACUUCACGACCCCCACGCAAAUUGGAAUGCUUCAAUUGCAAGGUGACCAAGACACCUUUAUGGCGACGUACUCCGGAUCGGGCUCAUACCUUGUGCAAUGCUUGCGGUCUUUACUACAAGCAGUACAACCAACAUCGACCCCUGCAUGUGCGUCACAAGACCCAGCAAACGAGUCAGCUCCGCACUCAUCCUUAUGCCUCAGAACGUGUCUUGGCCCCAUCGUCGUCUCCAUCAUCGGUUACAGCAUCAUCAUCACCCCAAAGCAAUGUUGCCCCCAUGAUGUUUGCCACUUUGCCUUUGUUGCAGCCAACUUCCACUCAAGGUACUACCAAGAUGGUGGAUAUCGACAAGACAUCAUCAUCCACUGAGGAAUCUUCAUCUUCAUCAUCAUCAUCCAAUGCAAAUAACAGUGGUGUGGAAUGUGCCAAUUGUCAUCAAACCCAGACUCCUCUUUGGCGUAAAAAUGAUCGUGGUGAGCCUGUAUGCAAUGCAUGUGGAUUGUAUUCUCGCUUGCAUCAUCGUGAUCGACCCAUUGAAAUGCGCAAGACCAAGAUUCAACGUCGUCGCAGGGAUUGGGCUAUUGAGGAAGAGGAUCAUCAUCAUCAUCAAGGCGAUGUCAAGGACCAAAUGGCUACUGCCGCUAGUGUGAUGGAUGCCGAGGAUGCUCGUUUCUUGUCCUUAUUGGUGCAAAUGAACAACGACCAAAUGCAGGGAUUCCUUGGUAUGCUAGAACGUCGAUGCGAUAUUUUACGUGCGGUGCUUGACGCGUCUCCUCAAGCCAAAUCUGAACCCAUACAACAACAAUAG